UAUAUAAAGACCUAGCUAGCUAGUAGAAUCACAUAUACCUCAUCAUACAUUAUAUGUCUUGCAUUUAUACUAUGAACUAAAACUCUCAUAGAAUCAUGAGUCAGCAACCACUAACAAGAAAGAUAUCAUUCUCAUGGGAAAAGAAGCCCGGUAUCCCCAAAGAAAGUGUUAAUACAAAUGGUGAAAAUUUAAUCCAAAGAGAGAAUGAAUUUUUGCCUAAGUUGCCACUCCCUCCAAUUUCUUCACUUGAAGGAGCAACUACUCCUAGAAAACUUGUUCAUGAUUUUCAAAUUCCACUUCCUCCUUGUGCUUUUCAACCUCCUUAUUAUAGAACUUCUUCCAAGAAGGGUAUUUGGGUUCAAGAUGAUGAUCCUUUCUUAGCAGCUUACAAAGAGUGUACCAAAAGUCAGAAAAGUGGUAAGAGGGAUAAAAAGAUGAGUAGACCUGGUAGUAGUAGUUUUUGUGAAUCAAGGUUAGUGAAAAACAUGUCUUUUUUCUCAUGUAAGAGAUCUUGCAAUGUUCGUGAUAAUAAUUUGGUUAGGAUCUCUCAUUCCCCACAGAACAUAGAUUGAGAUUGAUGUGUAUGUUUAAUUAAUUACAUGUAUAUUUUACUUUCAUGAACUUGUGUUCUAUUGGGACCAGUCAAACUCUAGUGUUAUGUUCGAGGUGUAUAAAUAAUAAAGUAAGAAUCGUAAAAGUUGAUGAACCAACAGGGAUUGAGUUCAAUAGAAGAGGUUAGACUCUGAUAAAGUUAUACAUAAUGCAUGAUUGAAUGAAUGAUAUUUGUUAUACCAUUUUUAUU